AUGGCUCCAGCCCAGCUCACAGGCCAAGCGCUCCUGGCUCGUGCGAUCCAGAACACGCCCAUUAUCGACAACCACGCGCAUCCUCUCCUCAAUCUUGAUGCAAUUGACCGCUACCCGCUCCUUUCCAUCGUCACCGAGGCCCACGGCGAUGCCAUUCACGCCUCACUGACCAGCCUUGCCCAUCUGCGAGCUGUCAAGCAACUGUCGGGUAUUCUCAAGUGCGAGCCCACAUGGGAGGCCGUUGUCAACGCAGUCGAGCAGAAACGCGUCGGAGAUUAUGACGCUUGGGUGGCGGAAUGUCUCACUGGCAUCGAGUCCGUCCUGGUCGAUGAUGGGCUUGAUGGAGAAGACAACGUCUACCCCUACACCUACUUUGACGAACACACGCCGAGCUCGGCCAAGCGUAUCGUGCGCAUAGAGCAAAUCGCAGCCUCCAUCAUCAACGCCCACUGUCCUGAGCAGGUCUCUGGGCGCAAGACCUCGGAGGACAUCGCUUUCGCUUUUGACCAGGUCGUAGAGGAUUUUGACCUCGCCAUUCUGAGGGCCACGUUCGACACUGAGGUCGUCGGCUUCAAGUCUGUCAUUUGCUAUCGAACCGGUCUCGCCAUCCCCCGCAAGCCUGACAUCGCCGCCGCGAGGCAAGCCUUCGAAGGGAUUUUCAAGACGCAUACCCAAGGAACUGGCAAGGCUUUCACAAGAGUUGACCACCCAGGUCUCAAUGAGUUCUUCGUCCACAGAUUGGCCUCCGUUAUCCGGGAUGGCGAAGCCCCCGUGAAGAAGCCAAUUCAAUUCCACACAGGUCUGGGUGACAACGACAUCACCCUCACCAGCGCAUCGCCGUCUCACCUUCAAGAGUUCAUACGAGAAUACCCCACCGUGCCCAUAGUCCUCCUCCAUGCCAGUUACCCGUACACCCGAGAGGCCGGGUACCUCGCCACUGUCUACGCAAACGUGUAUGCCGAUAUUGGGGAAAUAUUUCCCUUCCUCAGCCAAGAUGGCCAGGAGACGGCUGUUCAUCAGAUUCUCGAGCUUUGCCCGUGGUCCAAGAUCUUGUGGAGCACCGACGGACACUGGUUUCCCGAGACAUACUUGCUAGCCGUGUUGCAGGUGCGAGAGGUCUUUGAGAAGGAAGGCUGCCAGCUCGUUCGCGAUGUCUUCUUCAAUAACUCGAAUAAGCUGUACCGCCUUGGGCUGACAUUACGAGACGAGGAUGAGGCCCCCGGACAGUCCCAACAGACCGUGUCUAGUGACCUAGACCUGCUCGAGGAGUACCUUGCUGCCAACCCGACACCUACGUUUAUCCGGGUGUAUUGGAACGACUUCACAGCCACACCCAGAAUGCGUGCCAUUCCUCUACCCAACGUCUUGCGACAACUUCGUGAAGAGGGUGUUUUCAGUGUCGGGGUAACCAAGGCGUCGUUGGGGUUGCUCCAGAAUGACAUGAGCGCCCCAGGUAUUUCGCCAGUCGGAGAAUACAGACUUUACCCAGACUUCAGCUCACUCGUGGGCGGUCCCGGUACAGGUCACGCCAGCACUUUCGGUGACUUUCGGGAAUCGGACAGUUCAGCAGUCACUCUCUGUCCGCGGACGCUGUUGCAGCGGCUUACUGACCUGGCGUCGAGACGUGGCUUAUCUUUUCAGCUCGGCUUCGAGGUAGAACUUGUGUUGCUUCAGCGUGGCUCAUUCGACGGCCAGCCCUACUACUCCACGCUGGAGACGGACGGCCACGCCUGGAGCGUUGGCCGCGCCAUGGACAGCCCUGUUGUCGCCGAGGUCAUCGAGCCGGCUAUAGCCACUCUUGCAGAGCAAGGCAUCUUCAUCGAGCAAGUACACCCUGAGAGUGCACCGGGGCAGUUCGAGGUUGUGCUACCAAGGGCGGCACCACUUGCAGCCGUCGAUACUCUGAUUCACGUGCGCAACGUCAUCUCGAAUGCAGCCACGAAGGCAGGCUACAGAAUGACGUUGCAUCCCAAACCCUUCGCCAUGGCCUGUGGCAACGCUGCCCACACACACUUGUCCAUAUCAUCGGCUAAUGGCGACAAGCCAGAGGUUUACCAGCCCUUUUACGCCGGAAUAUUGAGACACCUUAGAGCCAUUUGUGCGUUUACUUACAGUAAUCCUGCCAGUUACAACCGUCUAGUUGAUGGCGCAUGGGCUGGCGGCAGAUGGGUGGCCUGGGGCACGCAGAACCGCGAGGUUCCGCUUCGCAAGAUCAGCGAGAGCCACUGGGAGAUCAAAUGCAUCGACGGCCUUGCGAACCCUUACCUCGCCACUUCAGCCAUUCUAGCUGGUGGGCUCCUGGGUGUCAAGAAUAAUGAAGCACUGAUCUGGGGUGACUGUGGGGUUGAUCCUGCCACACUUACGGACAAUGACAAACGGGAGCUUCAUAUGGAGGAGAUGCUGCCGCUGUCCAUCAAUGAAGCUCUGGAAGCGCUGCAGAAAGAUGAUGACAUGGUCUUGCUUAUUGGAGAGGAGCUCGUGGAGCGAUAUGCCACGUGA